AUGGAUAGAUCGUUAACAUGCGCAUCAACGAAACUACCUGUAAGUCGAGCCAUCGCGUCGCGACUCAAAAAGCGCUCUCGGUCUGAACAUCGCUCUUUAGGCGUGUUUACGGAAAAAGUGGUCCUAGUACCAUACAACGCGCACCAUGUGCCCAAAUAUCACGAAUGGAUGAAAGAUCCCCAAAUCCAAGAAGCAACGGCUUCAGAACCGCUCACCCUGGCAGAAGAGCACGCCAUGCAACGAAGCUGGCGCAGCGACGCCGAUAAGCUCACCUUUAUCAUCUGUCGACCCUUCCGUCGCAGGCAUGCCAAUCAGCGUAACGACCUAGCAGACCAUGGUAUCGUCGCCCCUGGAGGUAAGACACGCCUUGAAGAUGAACUCGAUGCCAUGGUCGGGGACGUGAACCUCUUCAUCUCGGCCGUUGAGGUAGAAGAAGAACGCCCCGACGACAUAAACGAGAUACACAUACACAAUGACCCGCACGCUGACUCCUCCGCCACCUCUACCGAUACCUCGAGGCCCAACUCCUCGAUCGCGAUCGGCGAACUCGAAUUAAUGAUCGCCGAAUCAGCCUAUCGUCGGAAAGGUCUCGGUAAGGCUGCCUUGCUGACCUUUCUGGAGUAUACCGUCCGCCAUGAGAGCCAGAUUCUCGAGGAAUUUCACCGUGGACGGCGCACCGCCCCUAUAGGAGUGCCGACUCCCAGAUCUGCGCAACGGGAAACAGCUGAUGCAGCCAAAGGCGGCCCCAAGUUCGGCUACUUCACAGUCAAGAUUGCCAGCUCCAAUCGUGGGAGUAUUGCCCUUUUCGAGGCGUUGGGGUUCACCAAGACGAGCGAACAGGAGAGCUACUUUGGGGAAUUUGAGCUGCGAUUAAGCAGGGAGAGGCUGGUUCGGGAGCACGGGGCGGAGAUCCAACGGACAUAUGGAGAGGGAUUGUACGAGUGCUCUUGUGGGGAGUGCUUGAGGCCAGAGGAGCCAGCGCCGUGA